AUGAUGUACGUCUCUGGCGAAACCGCUGAGCCAUCCGUCGAAACCACCGGUAUUAUAGAGGACAUCGUCCGCCAGCAGGUCAUCGAACUGCUGCGCAACUGCACUGAACUUGCCGCCCGGCGCGGCUCAAAAUCUAUCAGCACAAACGACCUCAUCUUCCAGAUCCGCCAUGAUCACGCCAAAGUCUCUCGCCUUCGCACAUUCCUCUCCUGGAAGGACGUACGAAAGAACGUCAAGGACUCAGACGACAAGGGCGCAGACGCAGACAUCGCUGCUGGCGAUGACGCCGUCGGCGGCGUCGUCCCAGGAGGCCCCGUAGAUGAAGCCGCCAAGAAGAACAAAAAGGCCAAGGUCGGCCUCCCCUGGGACCCCUCGUCCUUCUACUCCGUCGAGGUCCCCGAGCGCGACGACGAGGAGGACGAAGAAGAGGAGGAGAUGAACUACAUCACGCUCCAGCGUCUGCGCAAGGCCGACGAGCGCACAAAGGCCAUGACCAGAGAGGAGUACGUGACGUGGUCCGAAUACCGCCAGGCGUCCUUCACCUGGCGCAAGGGCAAGCGCUUCCGCGAGUGGGCCGGCUUCGGCGUCGUGACGGACAGCAAGCCGUCGGACGAUAUUGUCGACAUCCUCGGCUUUCUCACCUUCGAGAUGGUCCAGACACUGACCGAGGUCGCCCUCAAGGUCAAGGAGCAGGAGGACAUCUGGCGCGCCCAGACGGGUGCCUCCACGGGCGACAAUGGAACGAGCAAGAAGCGCAAGCACCAGCAGGGCCUCUUCGACCCGCCCAGCGAAGGCCGUUCGCCAAUCGAGCCGAGACACGUCCAGGAGGCCUUUCGACGGUUUCAGCAGAGGCCCAAGAAGACGCGCGCUAUGCUCAACGGCACGAGGCUGGCGCAACACACGAGUCUCAACAUCAUCUGA